CUCCAGAGUGGUCGUCCGAUCAUAUAGCACUGCUAGCUGAAUUUCGGUGCAUGCCUAGGCCUAGACGCUGACACAUUAAGGUCUUGGAGACGCCUAAGAAAAUGGCCCAGAGAAGCCGAUGGAUACAGAUAAGUUAUUGUAAGAAUGGUAGAUCGUGCUCCCUGUGUUUUAAGGUAUCUCUUUGAGGGAUCCUUGCUGUGAUCUGCUGCUUUGUACUAUGUCACACCUUUGUUUCAUAGAAAAAUCAUUAUGCCUUUGUCAAUUUCUUUUCUUUCUUUUUUCAAUAGAAAUGUCCACCGGCUCAGUAUAAUUAGUCAAUUGCCCUGUACUUUAAAUUCCCUGCGAAAAGCAAAUGGCCCUCCUUUCAUCUCAAGUUCCAUGUUGCAUUUUCGUCUCCGAGGAAUAAUAUUCAAUUUUUUUGCCUUUUUCUUCUCUCUUGCAAAUUGCAACCGUAAUUCCAUUGGCAUGAUCGAUCUCUCUCACAAGAGGUCGCUAUAAUACGCUCGUUUAAGCAAAAAUAAUCCUUUAGACUUACGAAUGGUUAAACAAGUUAUAUUUUUGAGGUUUCGGUUGCCAAUGACCGUCAAUGCCUAUUAUUUUCAACCUUACAAUCAACCUGGGUCCAAUCAUGCUCUAUUCUGUGGCUGAAAGUCAAAACCCAUUUCAUAGUCAGAUACACUAGUUCGAAUAUAAUUGGUUGGCAUUCAAACUUGCUCUUUUAAUUUUAAGACAUGUCUAUCUUUCCAUAUCCCAAAAAUCUAGAAUCUACGAGGGAAAAUAACUCCUCUUUUUCACCAAAUCAAGUUCGUGUACUUGCGAUGUAUAUAACUCAGUUCCCUUACAACUUGAAGCCCACCUCGCUCCUCACUUCUCCUUAUCUCUCCGAAAUGGGGGUUUUAAGCAGUGUUAGAGUAACCCUUUGUUGCUUCAUAUUCCUGAUACUGCUGAGCUGUGUAAGUUCAGACUUGGCUGAAGACAAAAAAGAAUGUUCUAACCAACUAGUUGCUGUCUCAACAUGCAUCCCUUUUAUUGGUGGAAAGACUAAAGUUCCUGAUCCCACAUGUUGCACUAACCUCAGAAAAAUAUUGAACCAGACGAAGAAGUGUUUGUGCCUCCUGGUUGCGGAUCGAAACGACCCUGACCUUGGUUUCAAGGUCAAUGCCACCCUAGCCUUGAUCCUUCCUUCCAUUUGCCACGCUCCAUCUAAUGCUUCUGAGUGCCCAGAGCUUCUUCACUUGCCUCCAAACUCUACAGAUGCUCAGGUUUUUAAGCAAUUUGCUGCCACAUUCGAGGAGGGUAAUAGUAGUGCAGUGGACGGUAAUCCUGCCUUCCAAGUCAUAAUAUAUAUAGUAAAUACUAGUUUAGUUAGGAUAAAUGUCUACAGCUAUACAAGUUAUCAGUUCAAAGUUAUCUCCAAUUCUUCAUGUGUUUUCGGCUGUCAGUAUUAUUAUUAUUAUCAUCAUUGGUAUUGAUUCUGUUUCGCGGUUGUAACAUUUAGUUACAGGCACCUCUACAAGUUCAAGCAGCAGCGUGAGGGAAGAAGGAUGGGUUGGAGUGUGGAAGAUUGGGAGGAUUUUAACAUGGCAACUCUUAUCAAUCUAUAUCAUUGAUAUGUAGACAG